AUGGCAAAUGUUUCUUCAGAAAUUCAAGGUGAUUCUUCUAAAGAUGAAGCAACUGGUUCAGCAACCUCCAUUCAUUCUCCGUUGUGUGAUCACACAUUGCCUGGAGUUUCACACUUGAGUUCUAAAUCCACAAAAAAUGCUUUUCAGAUGUUUUCUGCACAAUCCUUGGUAAGAUGACCAUGUCACACAUCUUGUGUCUCUGGACCAGAUGAAGAUAAUGAUUUUCGAUCUAUGACCUUUCCCAGAAAACCCUGGAAAAUAGUUGAAAGCUAUUGGUUUCAGUCUAUUUGCUGGGAUGGAACUGGAACUUGUGUAGUGAUUAAGGAAGAAUUCUUUAAGAAAGAAGUUCUGGAAAGAAAGGCCCCUUUCAGAGUAUUUGAAACUGCAAGUAUGAAAAGUUUAGUUCGACAGCUUAACCUUUAUGGAUUUAGUAAAGUGCAACAGGCUUUUCAAAGAUUUGCUUGUCUGGCUGAUAUUCUGGCAGAAGAGAAAGAGUCUGUUUUAAGCAGGUUACACUUCUAUCAAAAUCCAAAUUUUAAACGAGGCUGUCCUCAACUUUUCCUCAGAAUGAGAAGAAGAGUUGGGAUCAAAAAAGCUUUUCCAGCAGCUUCAAUAGCUCACAAUUUCAAUAGGGAGCAUACUGGAACAGAGAUUAUUGUAGGUAACCAUCAUUCUGGUUUUCUUGCUGACACUCGUGGAGAAAGCAUAUUUUCAACUUCCACUAGUUCAAAUACAUUACCAAUAAGCAAGCCUGCUACUUGCCAGAUACUUGCUAAUACAAUUGCUCCAAUCAGAAGUGAAUUUCCUCCUCCUUCAUCAACUUUAGGUACAUCAGAACAAACUGUAAUGGACCCACAUGCUGUUUUGAAUCAGUUGACCGCUUUUCAAAUGCACUCAUAUGGCAGCUACACUCAAGCAAAUGGCCACAUCGUGAAUAUUAUUACAAGCACAACUUCUACUUCUCACUAUAUCCUAACUCCCUUACAGACAAGUUCUUUUGGAAAGAUGCAGCCUUCUACUUUUCCAACUAGAUAUCCUGAUUUACCAGUCAUUGAUGGUCCUUUUUCCCAAUUGCAACUAGCAGGCAACCCGUGGAUCCCCAUGCCAACGAUGGCUGAUACAGCUGCUUCCACUUUUUCAAGGUCAAUUAGUCAACCACCUUCAUCAGGUGAACACAUUACCCUAAUUACAGGUGAUGUAUCAAUAGUCUACCAGACUAUGCAAAAUAGCAAACAUUAA